AUUUCUCGUGACUCCAUCCACAAGAGGCGUGCCACUGGAGGUAAACAGAAGGGAUGGAGGAAGAAGCGAAAGUGCGUUCUCUUAUCUUCUGAUCAGUUUCCUGAUAUCAUUCCAAUGUAUGAAAUGGGAAGGCAGCCUGCCAACACCAAGCUGUCGAGCAACAAAACGGUCAGGAGAAUCAGAGUCCGAGGAGGUAAUGUCAAGUGGCGUGCGUUGAGACUCGAUACCGGUAACUACUCCUGGGGAAGUGAAGCUGUCACCCGCAAGACGAGAGUCCUUGAUGUGGUCUACAAUGCAUCCAACAACGAGUUGGUUCGUACGAAAACACUUGUGAAGAGUGCUAUUGUACAGGUGGAUGCUGCACCCUUCAAGCAGUGGUAUCUCCAGCACUAUGGUGUCGAGGUUGGUCGCAAGAAGAAGACUGCCGCUGCUGCCACCAAGAAAGAAGGAGAGGAGGCUGAAGUUGCAGCUCCAGCAGCUGCUGCUCCGGAGGAGACGAAGAAGAGCAACCAUGUCCAGAGGAAGAUCGAGCAGCGUCAAGAGGGUCGCAGUCUUGAUUCACACAUUGAGGACCAAUUUGCAAGCGGUCGUUUGUUGGCCUGUAUCUCAUCAAGGCCUGGCCAGUGCGGACGUGCUGAUGGAUACAUUCUGGAAGGCAAAGAAUUAGAGUUCUACCAGAAGAAGAUCCAGAAGAAGAAGGGAAAGGGUGCUGCUUAG